CUGAAGACAGCGACUAAUAAUUUACACCAAACUUAUCUGUUUCACCUACUCAACGUGGGCGACGCUGUUUAUAUAAUUUCUGUUGCUAGCCUUUUGAAUCAUUAUAAACAUUUCUUCUACGUUAACUUGUUUCCUACCUAUUUCGUUUCCGGGCAAAUCGUUCUCCCACAAUGCGUUACCUUGCUUCUAUUCUUUCGACCGCUGCUGUCGCCGCGGCGCACGGCUAUGUUGAGUCAGCCAUCAUUGGCGGCGAAACAUACGAGUUCUACAACCCCAACACAGACCCAUACAUGAGCCCGAAGCCCGAGCGCAUCUCGCGCCCCAUACCCGGCAACGGCCCUGUCCAGGACGUCACAAGCAUCGAUCUCCAGUGCAAUGGCUACUCCGCUGGUGGUGUCGAGGGCAGUGAACCGGCACCCCUUCACGCCAAGGUCGCGGCUGGCUCAGAGGUGACCCUGUUCUGGACGUUGUGGCCCGACUCACACAUGGGCCCUGUCAUCACAUACAUGGCCAAGUGCCCUGAUGCUGGAUGUCAAGACUACCAGCCUGGCGAGGACGCAGUGUGGUUCAAGAUUCAAGAGGACGGUCGCGAGGGCACCUCUGAAAACUGGGCAUCGGAUGUUAUCGUACAGGCAAACAACGAUGGGCUCAAGUACACUAUCCCUGCCUGCAUUGAGCCUGGCUACUACCUCGUCCGUCACGAAGUCGUUGCUCUGCACGCAGCUUGGCAGUACCCAGGCGCCCAGUUCUACCCUGGGUGUCACCAGCUCGAAGUCACGGGAGGAGGCAGCGCCUCGCCAAGCGACCUCGUUAGCUUCCCUGGUGCGUACGCCGGCACCGACCCUGGUAUCACAUAUGAUGCGUACAAGGCGUCUGAGUAUGUGAUUCCGGGCCCGGAUGUGUUCACAUGCUAGAUCGGCGCUUGGGAAAUGGAUUGGCUGUAUAUACUUGGUGGCAAUGAACAUAGUUGAACGCAAAGGCAACUCCGCU